ACCUGUAAACCUGCCGCCUCCUUGUCACACACACAUACAUACAUCCAUUUAUAAAUCCAUCCAUCCAUCCAUCCUUUCAACAUGAGCGCUUCCGAAAUUCAAUUCCAGAGCACGACCAAAGAUACGGCGCAACUCGAGCGCAUCGGAGCACACUCGCAUAUUCGCGGUUUGGGUCUCAAUGAGCUCCUAGAACCCGUGGAUACUUCCACACACAAUAUGGUGGGCCAGGAAAAGGCAAGACGAGCCAUGGGAGUUGUUCUCAAAAUGAUUCGAGCAGGGAAGAUUGGUGGACGCUCCGUAUUGUUGGCGGGCCCGCCCAGUACGGGCAAAACGGCCUUGGCCAUGGCCUUGUCGCAGGAACUCGGAACGGAUGUCCCCUUUACCAAUCUCUCCGCCUCGCAAGUCUUUUCACUCGAACUCAGCAAGACCGAGGCCUUGACGCAGGCUGUCCGAAGAUCCAUGGGUGUACGCAUUAAUGAAGAGACGGAAAUCAUCGAAGUAGCAUUAGCAAACAAGGACUCACCAAAUCGGAUGGAAACAAUUUACGAUUUGGGCAGUAAAAUGAUUGACAUGCUGCGAUCCGAAAAAGUGUCGGCCGGAGACGUUAUUCGUAUCGACAAGGCGUCGGGGAAAAUUAGCAAGCUUGGACGGAGCUUCAGCCGCUCCCGUGACUACGAUGCCGUCAGCAGCACCACCAAAUUUGUCCAGACGCCGGAAGGAGAACUACAGAAACGCAAACAGGUUACCCACGUCGUCAGUCUACACGAAAUUGACGUUAUCAAUUCACGACAGCAGGGCUUUAUGGCACUCUUUGCCGGAGAUACGGGAGAAAUACGUCAAGAAAUACGGGAUCAGAUUGACGCCAAGGUGGCCGAAUGGCGAGAGGAAGGACGCGCUACGCUGGUCCCCGGAGUCCUCUUUAUUGACGAAGUCCACAUGCUGGAUAUGGAGUGCUUUUCCUUUUUGAACCGCGCCCUGGAAUCGGAAAUGGCCCCGGUUUUGGUGAUUGCCACCAACCGCGGCCUUUCCAAAAUUCGCGGCAGUCAGUACGUGAGUCCACACGGCAUUCCCGUCGACUUGCUGGAUCGACUCAUGAUUGUCGCCACCGAACCGUACGACGUAGCCGAGAUUCGGCAAAUUUUGUCGGUCCGUGUGCAAGAGGAAGAAGUCGACAUGGAUCCGACCGCAUUGGAACUGCUUACGCGAAUUGCGUCGGAAACGAGCCUACGGUACGCGAUUCAUUUGAUUAUCACCUCGCAACUGACUGCAACCAAGCGCAAAAGCAAAGUCGUCGAAUUGGCCGACAUUGAACGCGUCUACUCUCUCUUUGUCGACAUUAAACGUUCCACCAAGCUCUUAAUGGAGUAUCAGAAGGAAUUCAUGUACAAUGACAAUCGCCAAAGCCGGAAACAGUUGGCGAAGCUAGCACUUGGAUAGUUCCAACCCCUGUUCAGAAAAAGUGAUGAUCGAUUCUGCAAACAGAAAGCGAAAAUAGUCGAACAUUUCUUCGUUUUGUCUUUCGAACGUCCUAUCUGUUCUAUUUACUGUGAGCUCUGUCUUUUACGCGCAAA